CACUGCCACGCCACGCCGCCUCGCUCCGCACAGCCCUCGACAGCUCGGCCGUUCCACAGUUGUGUACAGAGGACUCCAGCAGCUGGUACAUCCAGUUGGUAUCCAGAGAGACCCCCAGAGCCCACAGUCAGAGGCGCCGCCUUCCCCGAAGGCCAUGGCGAGGCCCCCGCUGCUGCCCCUGCUGCUGGUGCUGCUCACCGCCGGUUGCGGCGUCUACGCGGCGCGCAGGUGCCAGGACACGCACGCCCAGAGUCAGCUCGACCUCAACAAGGUGACCGGUCAGUGGUAUGUGGUGGAGAUCGUGGAGCACGACCCUAAGGUGCUGGAGAUGUCGAUGAUCGAGCAGCGCAAGUGCCCCAUCGUGGUCCUGCACCGCCAGAACUCCACCGGCAGCUGGCUCACGCUCAAGUGGACCGAGGGCAGGGACGUUGUCGUCUACAACCUCAACGUCACCGACAUGCGCAGGGCUCUCGGCCGCUGGCAGUCCGUCGGCAAACAGGAGGGGUCGAUGACGCGGCGGGAGAACUACCAGCACUUCGACGGUGUGGUGCUGGUGCUGAAGGCCGUGGAGGACCACAUGGUGCUGACGUUCUGCGACCGCAACCCGGAGCGCUCGCCCUACACGCUGGUGCUGUCGCGGGCGCAGCGCAUGCCCGGCGACGACAUCGACAGCAUCAACAACAUGAUACGCUUCCGCGAGCUGUACAUGGGUCUGGUGAAGAGCACCUGCCCGGGCGCCGCCGCCGCCGUCACCCACUCGCCCGCGCUGAUAGCCGUCGGGGCGCUCGCCGCCGUCGUUCGCCUGUUGCUCGGCCGUGGGGGUCCGUCCUAGGACGCCGACCAACUCUGACGGCGCGGGUCUGCUAGCGGCGACGUCUCAAUGGCCGCCACCGCAGAUGCUACCCGAACGUGUGGCAUUACGUGUACUUCAGGAACUGCUCUGAGCGGCGAAGCGGAAACGAACGAGUGCUGUUAAUUUCACCGAAAUGUGAAACUGUCGAGCUCCUGGUCCUUAAGAAAAACACGUCAUCCUUCCAGGAACGUCAAAACGUUUAUUCCAUCGAGUACCUGGAGACAACGUAUGAUGACGUAGUUUUGUGCCUUCUGUAAAUAGCUCGUUUCCAAAGACGCUACAUUUCGAAUAUUUUUCCAAUGUUCAGGUAAUAACCCUUGACUAGGUAGAGUGUGUGCCUGACAACGAUGGCAGCACUGUACCGUCUCCUACACGUAUAUAUUCUUAUUUUUUUACGUUACGGUAACCAAUGCAUUUCACAGUGCUCUUUUAUUUACUUUUUCGAUCAGUCAGCGGUCGUCUUCACACUGUUAACAAACUAAAAUAGAAGACAAAGCAUCUAGAACCUACAAAAUACACCAAACAGCUGUCUACGUAAAGAUCAAAAAGACGAAAAUGAUACCUAAAACACUGCUGCAUCCCUCUUGUACUGUUUUUCAUCAUAGUCUAGGCCAAUGGCCUUUCCGUCUUCUAAGUGUACACCCAUCUUUUUCUAGGUUUCCCUACGGAUCUUGUACCUAAUGGCCUGAAAUUUAAGGCUUGUUUUGGUACUCUUGAAUCUGGCACUCUUUGCAGAUGUUCUAGCCAGCUUUGUCGAUUAGACUUGCUCUUCUCAUUUCUAGCACAUGUACCAAGCUAUCUGCUUUUACGUUUCUUAGUCUAGCUUAUCUUGCACAGCCCUUAAUUCCUCUUAGAAAUUUCAUUUCUGCAGCUUGGAUUCUACUGUUCCGUCUUGCAUUUCGUAGGUUAAUGGGAGCAACUAUUUCGCUCCUGUAAAAUAAAGAAAUGAAAGUGCAAUCCUUAACAUCCCGUAUUAUUAUCCUCUACACGAAAUUCCUGCUGAGCGAUGAACCCGAAGGACUUCCAGAUAUACAAUCGGAUUCGAUUUCGCUGUACCACCAAAUAUUUUUCCACGGGUAACGAUACAGAUAUCACGUUGCCCCUUUAGGAAGAAUAAUAGGCUACUCGUAAAAUAAAUAUCUUCUUCGAUUUAUAAAGCCACCCUUAAGUGUAAACAAAGCAAUUUGCUACCCACAUAUCUAUCGAUUGCGACGCCCAGUGUAGCUCUAGGGUAGAGAAUGAAGCAGCAGUUGUGCAGCUGGUCGGCAUAGAACAGUCACCUAAGCUUUUUUUCCUUUUUACUUACUUUUCCGAUUCUGGAUAAGAUACUGCAUAGAAUACUAAAAACAGACGUCAGACGUCCUGGACAUAUUGUACCUCAUGUGAUUUCGGACAGCAGUGCUGUUCUUUUAGGUGCACACUUCGCUUCGCUGGUCAUAUCCCCCCUGCAGCAAUUUCACGCAAAGCACUGACAUACCAUAUAUUACUGUGUACCAGUAGGUAACCAAGUCACCCAUUCCGAGAACAAAACAAACAAUUCGCAACAGUACUCUGUAAACAUGUUCAGGCGUUUCCGUCUCAGUAGUUAAUGUUGACACUGGUACUGAUUGUACCAGCGAUUUUUUUUUAAAUUCCCAGAUGAAAUAGAUGCCAUAUCAUUAAAUGAACGUAACUGAACUAAUCCCUCCUUUAGUUAUCGGCUUUCAUAUGACUUAAAUUUCCUGUAUGAUUGUCAUAUAAUCUCAGAGACAAUGUCGAGCAUUGAAAUAACUUAGGAACAGUGGAAGAGUGACGUUCAGUAUUAUACUUAUCUGGAAAUAGUACUGCCGACGUGAAAAGUUUACAUUCUUAUCGUACAUCUAUACAUAUACGUAGAUUGUUUUAUGUGUGACUUAAGUGAAUGGUUAUUGCGCUCGUACGUCGACGGAAGGGCAUGACUAUGAAGGCCUACUUAAAAACAGGGGAAUACUAAAUUUGAACCGUUCGAUAUUUGCAACGAGCUCAUCGGUCCAGGCGAUUGAUAUCUCUUCCGCAACGAAGUUCCCAAUGACAAAGACACUAUUCGUCAGCUUGGGCGCCUCGUAUGUUUCACACGAUUUAGGUCUAUAUUUUACCAUUCGCAACCUCUUUCUAGGAAUAUAGCACUUGCAUAACAAAGACAAUUGCCUCAUUCGCUACCGAUGGAUGCUGAAGCUUAAGAGCGAAAUAACUGGACGAGGGCAGCCGGAUUAAGGUGCCUUAACGAAUUUCGAGGUCGUGCGCAUUAUUUUGUACAUCCCGCGUCUUAGAACUCUACAAAUGAAGGAGCUUACCAAUGUCUAUAGCGUAUUUUUGUGUAUGGCGAAAAAUAGA